AUGUUGAGAUAUUAUUAUUAGUUUAAGAAUUUACAGUUGGUUAAUGAGUAGGAUUUUAAGCUGAUUCAAAUACAAGUUUUCUACAUAUAGGACAGUUAGGUUUAAUAUCCAACCACUAUAAAAUGCAUUCUUUGUGGAAAUGAUGCUAAGUAGAACAAUUUAAUUAUAAAACUUUAUCUCCUGAAGUAUAAUCAACUAAACAUACUGCGCAACAUGUUAUAGAUGCUUUAUCUUUUAUUUUUUCGUAUUCCUAACAAGGGAGUUUUUGUAUUAAUUUUUCAAUUUUGUAUUUAUUUAAUUUAAUCUUGA